AUGGGAUCCAAAAUAAGGAUAAAAGAGUGCGUAGGUAAAGCAAGAGAGCAUAAAGCUUGCGAUCCAAAACAUUGUGUUUUGCUUGGCAUCUGGAGUCAAUGGUUAUCUUGGUCAAUAUGUUCCAAGUCUUGUGGCGGUGGUACAAGAAGCCGCACUCGAAGAUGUCCUGGAGAGCAAUAUAAGCAAGUCAGAUGCGGAGUAAAGAGGUGGGAAGCCGGAAAAUGCAAUCUCCAACCUUGUAAAUUACCAUCCUGGUCGGGCUGGAGUAGCUGGACUAAAUGUUUGACAAGGGGUGGGAAGGUAAAUACUGUAGGGAGGAGAGUCAGAAAACGUAUAUGCAGUGGCAUCGGUGGAGAAGGAUGUAUAGGUUCAAGUAAAGAGAGAAAACGCUGCGUAGUAGCAUCACCAGAAGUGAUUAAAAGACCGAACGAGUGCCAACGAAGAAUUCGCAUUCGUAACGGUAAAGAAAAAUACACCAGGAAUGGAAAUACAAUUAUCGCAGAAUAUUCAUGUGACGAGUACUAUAAGCUUAAAGGUCCUUCUAAAAUGACAUGCGUUAAAGGGCGUAAGUGGUCAUCACGGAAAUAUCCUUAUUGUGUGCCUGUAUGUGGGCGUCCUGUGUAUAAACCGAACAGCCACUGGUCUAGAAGAGCUCGCUUGCGUGGCGGCAAAUUAACAACGCGUCACAGCUGGCCAUGGCAGGUGGCAAUUGAGGUAAAAACAUCAAAGGAAGGUUGGAAACUUCGUUGUGGGGGAAGUUUGUUGAACGAGAAAUGGGUUUUAACAGCAGCCCAUUGUUUAGUGAAAUUACAACAACCUGAAGACGUGUACGAACCACAUGAAUUUAGAAUCUUCCUUGGCGUUCAUAAUGUCACUGAGCGAUACAAAAAUAAAGAAAUUCAAAUUUUUUACGGUAAAUCCAUCCACACACACUACGGGUACGUCCCAAAUACGCUGGACAACGAUAUUGGUUUAAUUGAAAUUAAAAAAAGAGCCAAGUUAUCAGAUAAAGUGUUGCCGGUAUGUCUACCAAAAAGAAAACAGAAGGACGUGCCUUUAAAAGGCAAAGUUGGUACAGUGGUUGGUUGGGGUCAGACGAGCGAAAAUAAAGCUUCUGACGUGUUAAAAGAACUUCGGCUUCCUGUCGUCUCACAAAGAGAUUGCAAACUUGCAUAUAAAAACCAAUAUGACGUGACCGACAGUAUGUUCUGUGCAGGCUUAAAAUACAAAUCACAUGAUACAUGUCCUGGAGAUAGUGGUGGAGGAUUUGUUUUUCAAGAUCCGACUAAGAAACGAGUAAAAUGGAUCCUACAGGGCAUUGUAUCCUGGGGUGGAGAUCGCUGCGGUGAGCCGGGGAAGUUCGGUGUAUAUACACGUGUUUAUAAAUUUACGGACUGGAUAAAACGGAAAAUGUCUGAGAAAUUAUAGAUGACGGAAGUGAUAGGUAAUAGUCGGUGCAACACUACCCCUUAUUCACCGGGAAAAUAUACGACGUCGAUAAAUAUAUGAUGUCCAUAAUCAGACAGAUGGAAAGCAAAAAUGAUUGAAAUUAUCAAGACCACAUAUACUUGUUCAAAAAAUACAGUCCUGAAAAAAUUCUGUGAACUGAGUUAAAAAUAAGCAGAGAUAUAAACUGCACGUCUAGAUUAAAUAAGAUGUAAUAAAAAAGAUAAAUAAUCAAGAAACUAGAUGAUCUUAUAUUUAUUAAUGUAUUCAUUAUUAUUGUCAGAUUUUUUGCGUUUGUCCUGAAAUUUUAAAUUUAUGUAAAAACAACGUGGUUCAGGCAGACGCUGGUGUAAUGACAAUACCACUAUAACAAAAAGAUUCAUCUUGACUGUUGACACGUCAUUGCAUCGUGACAAUAAUGUACAUAUAUUUUUAUUGAUGCCAAAUAUUACCUUUGAGAAGAAUUCGUGUUUUUUAAAGUAAAAUCCCUGCGUCGAAACGUUUUGAUUUUACGCAUAUA